AUGUAUCCUUGUGAGCCAUAUGAUAACGUACAUGCUUCAUUAACAUCCUCCAACCACACAUUUUGUAGUUUUAUCACAGCUUUGUUACUGGCAUUUAUUACCUCCUCCAACUAUAUGCAAUUAUUUCGUGGUUCCUCGGAUAGCGUUCUCUCUGGUCAUUGGCAGCCUUCAAUGUCUUACUGUUGCAUGUACAUUUCCAUCUAUUUGGAAAACGAAGCGGAGAUCACUGCAGCCUCCUCAACUGCCCUGGAAAUGGCGCCUCUGACACCAGCAUCCUCCAUCUUCAACAAUCCCCCAAUUGUAGUUCCACCGGGAGUACACACCUUACUUUUCAAAACAGCAGGAUGUUCGCCGGUUUCCAAAACCAUCUUGGCCGUGCCCUCCAUAACUUUUGCGGCCGAAAGCUUCGCCACAUCGUGGGGAAGUCCCAUUCUAACUCCUCCAUCAUACAAAGCUUCCAUCAUAAGCAAACAAAACGCAGGACCCGAGCCCACCAAUGCAGUGGCCGCAUCCAUGUUCUUCUCCGCAAUUUCCACAGCGCUGCCAACCGUGUUAGCAAGCGCAAGCACCUCGUCCUUGAAUUUUUCUUGUGCUUCAGGCGAAAACGCUACAGUGGCCAUUCCACAUCCGAACUGGGCAGGAGUGUUUGUCAUGACACGUGCAAUGUAA